CCUGUCCUGGACAACACCCCCGACCCAACACCCCUCAGAAGCUGUCCUCUUGCAGGUAUAGCCCGCACCCUCUCGGAAGCAUCCGCAGAUGGUAAACCUCACGUGCAAGGCGCCAGCGCUACGCUGCAGGGUGCGGGUGCCCGUGAGCCAGCUUAGCCCGCGAACGAGCACGAGCAGAGGAAGGUGGUGCUCGAGUGGGCCGGGGAAGGAGACACCUCCGGAAAGAGAGCCACGCUGCUGUGCUGGCAGGACUGCAGUGCCACCUCUCCGGAGAAAGCGCUCACGCCCGUGCUCGAACGCACGUGCACACGGCCAGCAGUGAGAGCGCGAGUCCGAGCAUUUCAGUGCAGGGUUCCUGACAGCGAUGGCAUCUGCCCUCAACAGCAAAAUUCACCCUCCAGGAACCUGCGCGAGCUCUAAAACCGACGCCCGCGGUGGCUCGGGCUGGAGAAUGGACUGUGAUCCCGAGAUGCACGUGAAAAUGUGCAAGAAAAUCGCUCAGCUCACUAAGGUGAUUUAUGCCCUCAAUACCCGCCAGGAUGAGGUAGAGGCCAAUGCAGAGUCACUACGGGAAGCCCACCAGGAGGAUCUCCAGGACACAGAGGCUGAAACCAGGACCAGGCUCCUGCAGGAACAGAGCCUCACCAGUGAAGAUGCAGAGGCCCUUCUGAAGCGCAUCCAGACCCUAGAAAAUGCCCUGGAGCUGCAGAAGAGGCUGACACAGGAGGCCCUGGCUGAGUCAGCCUCCUGUAAACUGGAGACCAAAGAGAGAGAACUGCGGGUAGAGGCUGAGCAUGCCGAACGAGUCCUGAUACUUUCCAAGGAGAUGCUGGAGCUCAAAGCUGAUUAUGAGAAGAGGCUCCAGCUGCUGACUAGCCAUGAGGGUCCCCAGUGGGGCCAGCUAUCCCAGGAGAGCCCUGAUGCCACAGCAGAGUCUAGCCAGAGACCGGAAAUGCACCAGGUCCUGCUGGAGGUAGAGCGAUUGCGAGCUGAGAAUAAGCAGCUAAGCCAGGAUUACGCCCGCAAGGCGGAGGAGCUACAGGCCACCUAUGAGAGGGAAAAUGAGGCCAUUCGUCAGGCCAUGCAGCAGUCAGUCAGCGAGGCCCUAUGGCAGUGGCAGGAAAAAGAGUCUGGUCUUCGAAAGAACUUCCAGGUCCAGGAGUCAGCCCUGCAGGCUCAGGUCAGGAAGCUGGAAGGGGACCUGGAGCACAGAGGGCGCAAGAUAAGUGACCUGAAGAAGUAUGCCCAGAAGUUGAAAGAAAGGAUCCAGGAUCUGGACGUGCAGCUAAGGGAGGCUCGGCAGGAGAACUCGGAGUUGAAGAGCACAGCAAGAAAACUUGGCGAGAAGUUAGCUAUUGCCAAAGAUAGACUGAUGUUACAGGAGUGUCACGUGACACAGAAAACCGAUGACGUGAAGACUGAGGAUGGAGUUCUGGGGAAAAGAGAUGACCUGGAAGCCUGCAGUCUCCACCCUCAGCAGGAACAAGGCUUUCCCAAGUUGUGUCACUGCGGGAAUGGAGGCCCAGAAACACAGACCAAGAAAGAGUCAAGUGGUGAAAUAGAACACAUGAAGCAGCAAUAUGAGGAAGACCUUCGUAAAGUCAGACAUCAGACUGAAGAGGAGAAGCAGCAGCUCCGAGAGCAGCUGGGGAAGCGCCUGGAAGACUUGGUGAAGAAGCACACCAUGGAAAUGAAGUCCGUGCGCUCCACUGUGGAGGUGGAAAGAAAGAAGCUGAAAGAUGUUGAAGCUCAGUUGGAAGAAGUGAAGACAAAGUCGGAAAGGGAGAUAAAGCAGCUGGAAGAGGAGAAAGCUGCCCUCAGUGUGAAGCUGCAGAGUUCUCUACUUGAGAAUCCAUGCUCAAGGCCAAAGAAACCUCAGACAAUACCCAGAGAAGAGGGCCUAGAGAAGCUGACAGAUGAAGAAGAAACCAGCAGCGACGAGGAAGAAAGGACUGGAGAAAUGCUCAAGGAAGGAAGUGACCUACAACCUCCAUUGGAGUCUGUGAUGAAAGAGAAGGUAAUGGAGACUGGACAUCCACCAGAGGACUGGCAAAGUCAAAGGACCAAACUACAAACACAGACUGCAGAGUGUUUGAACAAGGAAUCCACUGAUAGUCUCCAGGCACACCUGCUGGAGCUCCAGGCCCUAGAGGACAAUGCCAGACAAGAGCUGCAGGAGGACUGUGAGCAGAUGCAAGCCCAGCAGUCUGGGCUGCCUGAGUCCCUGAGGCAGGAGCUGACAGAGCAGCGAGUUGCCUGCAGUGAGCAUCAGAAGGCCCUAGAGAUGCUACAGAAUGAGCUCAGGACCAUGGGCCCCUUGGGGAAGUGGCAGGCCACCAAUCAGUGUUCAGGGGACAGCAGAGACCACACCUUUAUUACAGAGGAUGUGGGUGUUACAGGCCCUCCUGGUUCCCUGCCCUGUGCUGCAGAGAAAGGUCUCCUGGAGGAGAAUGCGCAGCUCCAAGACACUGUACUGCGCCUGCGUGCAGAGGUGGACCAGCACCUGCAGGAGGCGCUGCAGCUGCGUGAGCAGCACCGGUUGCUGGAAGAGGACCAGAAAGCCCAAAGAGCCAUGGAGGUGGAGGCACUCCGCCAGGAGCAUCGGAAGGAGAUGCAGGCCAUGGUGGCAGAUUUCAGUGGUGCCCAGGCCCGACUCCAGGCCCGGCUGGCUGCUCUGGAAGCCGAGCUAAAAGAGUCCGGAGAGAAGGCAGGAAAAGGAAGUUCACGGCCGGAGGAUCUGCAGCUCAUAGGACGCCUACAGACACGCCUGAAGGAGAGAGAGGACAUCAUCCGGCAGCUCACGGAAGAGAGAAGAUUUCACUACGCAGCCUUCCCCAGUGCAGUGUCCCAUCGGAAUCGGUCCUUCUCUUUCAAUCCUCACCCAGGAUACUUGACCCCUUCCAUGAAGAAAAAGAAGAUGGAGGAAGCGCCCAGCCGAGUGGUCAGCGUGCCAAACCUUGCCUCCUAUGCAAAGAACUUUCUGAGCGGAGACCUGAGCUCCAGGAUCAAUGCCCCUCCCAUAACUAAGUCACCCAGCCUGGACCCAAGCCCCAGCUGUGGCCAGCCUUACAAACCCACGCAGUUACUAGAUGGGAAAACCGUCUCAAGGGCCCAAGAUGGUGAACCAGCCCAAGCCAAAGAAGCCCCACAGAAGCAAGGCUCUCCACACCAGGAAUGGUUUACCAAGUACUUCUCAUUCUAAACUGACCUUUGGGAUCUGUCCAAAGGAGGACAUUAGAAAAUCAUUUCAACCAUCUGAAGGAAUAAAUUAGAACCACCCAACCGGCUGGGAACGACUUACAUGUGGCGGAUAGCCACAGCAAACUGUGGCACUAACAUUUCAGCUUCAUUGUGACACCUGCUUAUGUAAGAAUGCUUAUAGUUAAAGAUGAAACAAGACACUUAUUAAAAAGCACCCCUAGGAAAAUGAUAUUAAUCUCUGAUGACCAAAUUACCCAUUGUAUUCCUAGUGCCUGUAAUGUCAUACUCUACUUGGUGAGGUAUCAGGCUUGUGACUGCCAUGGUCUGCUUUAAAAAUAUUUUUUCUUGGUCAUCUCCACUCAGUUAUGAUUAUAUAUAUGCAUAUGUAUAUACAUGCAUAUGUAUAUAAUUCCAAAUGCAUAUCUAACCUCAAAGUGAAGAGGAAUAAUAAAAUAAAAGUUCAAUAUAAAAGGAAAGCCAAUGAGAACAAAACACCAAACCUACCAGGAAUGGACUGCAGCAUGUUUGGAUUGCAUGUUUUGACUUCCAAGGUCUGGCACAGGACACAGACUGCAGAGGGACACCACCUACCUCAAACAGAACUUCACAAGAUUAAGCAGCACACGAUAGGUACAGCCAUCAAACCUGUAUUGGAAUGCUUGGUGAACAACCGUGCCUCCCUGUUAGACAUCUCAGCUUCAAUGACCAUUGUGCUAAGUCUUUGCGAAGGUUUCUAGACUGUCUGUUCUCUGAUGUCAACCACUGCUGGACACGUUCUUUUACCAGCCUCAGAUGUAUGUAUGUAUGGCUUCCCCACUGCAUGGACUCCCAAGGAGAGCAGGGAACUGCCCAUGGUGCUGAAGCUGCACUUGUCUUACCCUAUGACACAACUUUCAGUGGGUAGACUUUUCUUCUCUCUGGUGCUGGCCCAGCAAGUGGCCUAUCAACAGAUGUCAACUCUAUGCAUUGUCAAAUUUUUGCUCUUUGAAUAAUAAAACUCUGAACUAGACAAUAAAAAAAUGUCUGUCUCUGCCUCCAC